UACAGUAAGGGGGAGUGUGGUGGUGGUGGUGGCUGCGUGAAACGCGCGUGCGUUCGGCUGUCAAUGUCAGUGCUGGGGCAAAGUGCUCAGUUGGUGUUUCCCGUCCGAGUUGCGAUUACAGAAUAGAUUAAGAGGGCCCCCUGGGCAGGGGUCAGAUGUCCAGGCAGCCUUAAUGUCAGGAGUUGACAACAGCCCGUAACAGCCCUCACAACCUGGAACGGCUCAGCCACCGCCACCACGGGCAAAGGAGGUGGUGAGACAUCCUGCACCGUAUUUUCCCACGAGGGAAGAGGGUGACUGACGGCCCUGCGCGAUGCCGCUGUCGGACUUCAUAUCCGCCCUCAAGGACAACCCGUACUUCAGCGCGGGCUUUGGGUUGGUCGGGGUGGGCACAGCGCUGGCUGUGGCGCGGAAAGGCGGGCAGGCGGCGGCCGUGGCGUUCCGGCGCCACUGUGUGACCACACUGGAGGUGUCAAGCCGGGACAAGAGCUAUCACUGGCUUUUGAGCUGGGUGACGCACCAUGCGGAACACACGCAGCACUUGAGCGUGGAGACCACCUUCUUGCAGCACGAGAGCGGCCGCGUGGCCACCCACUUCGACUUCGUGCCCAGCCCUGGGACCCACGUCAUCUGGUACAAGAUGAACUUGAUCCGGAUCGAGCGGAACCGAGAGAAGCAGAUGUUGGAUCUCAACACGGGUAUUCCCUUUGAAACUGUGACGUUCACCUCCUUCGGACGAAAUCGGCAGCUCUACUUCAGCAUCCUCAAUGAAGCACGGGAGUUGGCACUGAGGCAGGAGGAGGGCAAGACGGUGAUGUACACGGCCAUGGGCGCCGAGUGGCGGCCGUUUGGGUUCCCGCGCCGACGCCGCCCACUCAAUUCUGUGGUGCUGCACGAUGGGGUCGCUGACAAGAUCAAGCAAGACGUGCAUGAAUUCAUCAGCAACCCCAAGUGGUACUUGGAUCGUGGCAUCCCCUACCGCCGAGGCUAUCUGCUUUAUGGGCCACCAGGCUGUGGCAAGAGCAGCUUCAUCACAGCACUGGCUGGCAAGCUCGAGUACAGCAUCUGCCUUCUGAGCCUGAGCGACCGUAGCCUCUCGGACGACCGACUCAACCACCUGCUGAGCGUCGCUCCACAGCAGACGCUCAUUCUGCUGGAGGAUGUCGACGCAGCCUUCGUCAGUCGAGAAACGUCGACUGAAAAUCCUUCAGCUUACCAGGGACUGGGGCGUCUCACCUUCAGUGGACUUCUUAAUGCGCUGGAUGGAGUGGCGUCCACUGAGGCCCGCAUCGUCUUCAUGACCACAAACCACAUCGACAGGCUGGAUCCAGCCCUGAUCCGCCCUGGACGCGUGGAUUUCAAGCAGUAUGUGGGCUACUGCUCGUCCUGGCAGCUGGAACAGAUGUUCCUUCGCUUCUACCCGGACGAACCAAUCGAAGCAGCACGUAACUUCGCGGGCGCGCUUGCUGAUCUGGCAGUGAAGAUGACCGGGAAUACUGAGUCGCUGCAGCUGAGUCCAGCACAAGUGCAGGGGCAUUUCAUGCUGUACAAAAUGGACCCACAGGGUGCCAUUUGUAAUGUUGGCGACCUCGCAAAGUGAUUACCGGGUUGACCCACGGGGCCACAAAAACUCUGCUGACACGUGACAAGCAUGCAGCCUGCAGCUUCGAUAACUAUCACUCUACGAAGGUGCCAUGAGAAGAGGAUGGUGGACGGAGGCUUGUUAUCUUCUUCACUUACUAGAAUUGUCAAGGGAAGAGGUUGAUUGUGAAUGAGGAGCAGCACGCAUCGACCAGCUCAGGAUAAUUGUUCUGCCAGUGGGCUGCAUAGACCAAGAUUGUUGUUGUGUUUUUACAAACAAUAUUAAAAUGAAGGUUUUCACGUGGAAGUCGCAAUGCAGUGAUUUGGAGAAUUACAGGUGAACUUAAAUUGCUUGAUGGACUUUAUUUUGAUAUAAUAACGUAUAUUUAUUGUUCAUUUGUCAUUGAUAUUCAGGAAUAAAAACAUGAGACUCGCCUGUGACGAAUAAUUGUUCUUUUUAUAGGCUAUUUACGAUGUUUUUUUGUACUAAAUCUAUUUGCUGUGUAUAUUUGUUCUUACAAAUGUAAUCGCCACUAGCCUUGCCAUGUCCAUUUGGUUGAAUUGGCACAGCAUGGUUAGCUGUCAUUGAAAUAACACCAGUAGGUAGGGUGUCUGGAAUUUAAACUUAUUCACUGAAAAAUUAUCACAAUAUUUGUUUUUGUUUAGAAUACAAAUUAUCGUAUUGGUUUUACAAUGUCAGCAUGUCUCCAUUGCAUUUUACUUUGUACAAAUACUAUAUUACUGAAUAUAUACUAAGCCAGAAACUGGUUUCGCACUCGAUUUACACAUGGAGGUUUUUUUCGUCUUUAAAAUAAAUUAUUAACGUCAAAUAUA